CUCACUCAUUCACUUUAUCUACUCUUUUCUUUUCUCUUGUUGUUUUUCUUUUUUGAUAAAGUGUUGUGAUUUUCCAAUGUAAGAGAAAAAGAAAGUGUAUAUUUCACUCUUACUACCGCUAGUGCUUCGUUUGUUUGGCAAAAAGGAAAGCUUUUUCCUGUGAAAUUUUCCACCUUUCUAUGUUUUUCUGCAUCAGCUAGUAAAAGGGUAAGUAGGGAUGUUGUAGAAUUCUGAAGGGUUUGCAGCAAAAAUGGGAAAUUGAUUUAAGAGAGAGAGAGAGGAGGAGGAGGAAGAGGGCAGAGGAGGUUUGAAACGAUGUCGUUUAGGAGUAUAAUCUUUGAUAUGAAGGGUUUGAGAUCCAGGUCACAAUCACACCACAGAGAUGGUGUUGGUGGUGUUGUUAGUGUUAGUGAGGGUGGUGGUUUGGUGGUUCUUGAUGGGUUGAAGCAGAGUUGUUGGGCUAACAUGCCACCUGAGCUAUUGAGGGAUGUGCUCUUGAGGAUUGAGGCCUCUGAAGAUGCCUGGCCUGCCCGGAAACAUGUCGUUGCCUGUGCCGGUGUAUGCCGCAGCUGGAGGGAGAUCAUGAAGGAAAUUGUCAAGUCCCCUCAAGUUUCCAGCAAGCUCACAUUCCCAAUCUCAUUGAAGCAGCCUGGUCCAAGAGAUUCUCUUCUCCAGUGUUAUAUUAAACGCAAUCGUAGUAAUCAAACAUAUUAUCUGUACCUUGGUUUAAAUCAAGCCUCAACUGAUGAUGGAAAGUUCCUUCUUGCUGCACGCAAAUGUCGUCGUGCAACUCACACCGACUAUAUCAUCUCUCUUAACUGCGACGACGUAUCAAGAGGGAGUAGCACCUAUAUUGGAAAACUCAGAUCAAACUUUCUGGGGACUAAGUUCACCAUAUAUGAUGCGCACCCUCCACUUUGUGGAGCUGCCAAAGUUACAAAGUCUCGUUCCACCAGGCUGGUUAGUCUCAAGCAAGUGUCUCCAAGAGUUCCUGCCGGCAACUAUCCCAUUGCACAUGUUUCGUAUGAUCUGAAUGUUUUGGGAUCCAGCAGGGGCCCUAGGAUAAUGCAAUGUGUUAUGGAUGCCAUCCCCGCAUCGGCUGUUGAACCAGGAGGUGUAGCUCCAACACAGACUCAUUUUCUUCAUAGCCGAAUUGAAACUUCUCCAUCUAUUCCCUUUUUUAGAUCAAAAUCAACCCGUGUCGACAAUCUCCAACUGGUUCCUUCGACUACUCAAAACGAGGGAAUGCUUGUGUUACGAAACAAGUCCCCUAGGUGGCAUGAACAACUCCAGUGCUGGUGUUUGAACUUCAAUGGACGAGUGACAGUAGCCUCGGUUAAAAACUUUCAGCUGGUUGCAUCACCAAAAAAUGGAGUUUCUGAGCAGGCUCAGGAAAAUGUUAUUCUACAGUUUGGAAAAGUUGGAAAAGAUGUAUUCACCAUGGAUUAUCAGUAUCCAAUCUCUGCCUUCGAAGCAUUUGCAAUUUGCCUUAGUAGCUUUGACACCAAGAUUGCUUGUGAAUGAUUACCAAUAUUGAUAAGCAGGUGCUAAUCAGUGCCACUGCUGAUCGAAAUCGCACGACACUAUCACAGGUCAGAUAUUGGCAAUAGAUUCUUCUGUUUUUUAUUUAUUUGGUCCAACUAAGCCUGUUGUAUAUAUGAUUGUUUGUGUGCAUUAUAUGUAACCAAAGUGGAUUGUAUGUUGUUGUUUUCGGCUUUUCGCUUGCAAGUCUUGUAGACUACCAUUUUUUGUUUCUGCUGUGAGAUUUUCGCCGACGAUAGCCGCGACUGGUUUGUGAGAUUUCCAGUUAUUGUUGCUGCCAUUGGUUCUGGCAAAGUAACAAAAUGACCAAAACCUUUGUAUGAGUGCACAUUUUGCUGCUUAGUGUUGUUGAUUGAUUUGACUCUUAAUCCAUACAAAAAGGAAUAAGAGUGAUUCUGGGUUUGUGUAUGCUUGUCACUGUUAUUAAUUUAUUUAUUA